AGAGGUGAGGAAAGCAGGGGAGGGAACAGAAACACCGCCGCUUCCGCUCCUUCCGCGUCCACUGCUAGCACACGCCACCACCUUGCGCGGCGACUGCGGCGGCGGCGGCGGAUGAAGCGGGGCGCCAUGGGCCAGGAGCAGCCGCCUCACUACAAGAUCUAUGUCAAGAUGGUGAAAGAAGUGGCACUUGAUGUGAAGUGCACUGAUACCGUUGAUCAGAUUAAGUCUAAGAUUGGUUCCAUAGAGGGCAUUGAUAAGAACCAUCAAGCACUCUUUUUUGGUGGAAAUCACUUGGAGAACAACAACAGGCUCGCUGAUUACAACAUCACGACAAACUCUUCUGUCGACCUCUAUGUAACUGAUGGGAUGCAAAUAUCUGUCAGUAUCCCCUCUGUUGGAAAGAUAAUCAAGCUCAAUUUGAAGAAAUCCCAGAGUGUUGCUGAUGUCAAGGCAGAAAUUGAACAGAAGGGAGGAAUUCCACUGGAUGAACAAAUCCUGAUGUGUGGAUGCCAACAGCUUGAGGACAACAAGGUGUUGAGCCAGUGUGGUUUGAGCAAUGGUCAACCGCUGCAUGUUCUGGUCCGCCCAACUGACAAGCUGCGUAUAUCUGUCAGUGUUGAUGUUGAAAGAACUGUGAAUCUAGAUGUGAAAAGCUGGUAUACUGUUGCUGAUGUCAAGUUGAUGAUUGAGACCUUGGAGGGUUUACCUGCACGCUCACAGAUACUCAUGCGAACUCAACCUGGCGGUGCUGAAACGCUCAAAGACACUGAUACGCUGCAGAAUCAGCUCAUCAGGAACAAUGACACUCUCACGCUAUAUCAGAACAUCCAGUUCUUCGUCAAGACAUAUGAAGGGAGGACGUUAACAAUGUCGAUGAAGACGUGCGACACAGUGGAUGAAGUCAUGAAGAAGGUUGAAGAAAGGUCGCUGGCCAAGGCAGGUGUCUACUAUCUGCACUACAGGGGGCGUGCUCUGUGUCCUGGGGAUACUCUUCACAAGCACAAGGUCGUGAACAAUUCCACAGUCGAAGCCCGCCUCCAUAAUUCACAUGUUAGUAUGGCAAAACAAAAGGAAACCCUAGGGAGCUAGUUGCAACCUCCUUUGUGCUUAGGUUAGUUGCUUAGCCUCAGAGAUGACUAUAGCUUCACCAUUUUGCGCUUCUGCGGACACAACGGUUAACUGGAUGGUCGUGACUGUUGGUUGGGUAAGGUCUUGUGUCGUCUGUCUGGUGGAUAUAUGUGCGGUUAACUGGAUGUUUGUAACUCUUGGUUGGGUAAGGAACUAAGGACUCGUGUCGUCUGUCUGGUGGUUGUGCUUCUGUAUCCUCUCAGGAACGGUGGCUGAAGUUUGCUACCCAAGGAGAAGAUGCGAUUCUGUUAUUAUAGCUUUUCCCACUGUCAUUUCUCAA